AGAAACGUCUUCCGGGCUGAUUCUCGGGACAUCUCAGUUUAGUGGGGUAAAGGUGAGGAGUGGACAACAGCACUCGCACUGGACCUCGACACCAUCCUCCAGGAUAUAAAGACAUUUCUACUAAGCGUACAUGCGGAGAGCGAGCGUCAGCAUAUCCUAAAGGAGGGGGAGAAAAAUGGCUAAUAAUGUGUCACAGUCUCUGCCUGAGCGAACCUUCCAGUACCAAAGCAGCCUGCCAUCCUUGCCUGUCCCGACACUAGAGAUCAGUCUAUCCAAGUACCUGGAUGCAGUUCGCCCAUUUGCAUCUGAUGCAGAGUAUAAAACUACAUCAGACAUUGUGCAGAAGUUUCGAAUGGGUGUUGGUGAAGAGCUGCACCAAAAACUGCUGCAGAGAGCCAAGACAAAGAGGAACUGGCUAGAAGAAUGGUGGUUAGACACUGCAUAUCUGGAGGUUCGCGUCCCUUCUCAACUGAAUGUGAACUUCGGUGGCCCGGCCCCCUACUUGGAGCACUGCUGGCCUCCUGCAGAGGGAACUCACCUGCAAAGGGCCAGUGUUGCCACAUGGCAUUCGCUACAGUACUGGAAUCUGAUCCGCACUGAAAGGCUGCCUCCUCAGAAAGCUGGCAAAACAGCAUUAGAUAUGGACCAGUUCAGAAUGUUGUUCUGCACCUGUAAAGUGCCCGGAGUGAAGAAAGACACCAUUCUGAGCUACUUUAAAACAGAAAGUGAGGGUCAGUGCCCCUCCCAUUUGGUAGUGAUGUGCCGUGGAAGGAUCUUCACAUUUGAUGCAGUCUGUGAUGGGAAAAUCCUCACUCCACCAGAACUACUCAGGCAGCUGAGCUAUGUGCAUAAGGUCUGUGAGGGAGAGCCAGAGGGAGACGGAGUCGGUGCUCUCACCACAGAAGAGAGGACCCAGUGGGCAAAGGCCAGAGAGCAUCUGAUAAACAUUGAUCCACACAAUAAGACCAUCCUGGAGAUCAUCCAGAGCAGCCUGUUCGUGAUAACACUGGAUGAGACGAAACCUUACUCCUCUCCAGAGAACUACACAAAUACGGCCUUGGAAUCUCUUACAGGAAACCCCACUAUCCGCUGGGGUGACAAAUCCUAUGACUCACUUGUGUUCUCUGAUGGGACUUUUGGGUCCAACUGUGAUCAUGCACCCUAUGAUGCCAUGGUACUUGUGUCUCUGUGUUGGUAUGUGGACCAGCAACUCAAAGCUACAGAAGGCAAAUGGAAGGGCUCAGACGCAGUCAGAGCUCUUCCCAAUCCUGAAGAGCUGCUGUUUACCAUGGAUGAAAAAGUCCAUAGUGACAUCAACCAAGCCAAACAACAGUACCUGGAGACGACACAGGACCUGCAGGUUGUAUGUUAUGCCUUCACAGCAUUAGGAAAAGCAGCCAUAAAAGACAAGAAGCUGCAUCCAGACACCUUUGUUCAACUAGCCAUGCAGUUAGCCUACUACAAACUGCAUAAAGGGCCAGGAAGUUGUUAUGAAACCGCAAUGACUCGCAAGUUCUACCACGCCAGGACCGAGACCAUGCGGCCAUGCACUGUGGAGUCUGUGGACUGGUGUAAAGUCAUGAUGGACCCCACAUGUAAUAUCAGUGACAGGAGGAGAGCCAUGAUGCGUGCCUUCCUGAAACACAACAAACUGAUGGGUGAAGCCCAGGAGGGACAAGGUUUUGACAGGCAUCUUCUCGGGCUGUAUCUUAUAGCCAGAGAGGAGGGACGUCCCACUCCAGAUCUCUUCAUGGAUCCCCUCUAUGCAAGGAGUGGCGGUGGAGGUAACUUUGUGCUGUCGUCCAGUCUGGUGGGCUACACUACAGUUCUGGGGGUCGUAGCUCCCAUGGUGCCCCAUGGCUAUGGCUUUUUCUACCGCAUCAGAGAUGACAGGAUCGUGAUCUCUGUCUCAGCGUGGAAAUCUUGCCAUGAGACGGAUGCUGCAUCACUUUUCAACAACUUCAGCAGCUCCAUGCAUGAGAUGUUCCAGCUUGCCACCACAUCUCAGCUUUGAACAUUCACACCAGCAGACCGGCUGAAUCACGUUUAUCUUUGAAUAUCAAUGCACUUCCGGUUUGCAAACCGUCAGUUUAUAGCCGACAGCUAGUGAUAGUCAAAUUUGUUCUCAGCACAGAUCAAUGCAAGGGUAGGGAAUCAGUGUCUCUGGGUGAUAUCCACUGGGUUUGACCUUUAAAAAUGAGUUAACUCUUCAUUACUUAGAGUGACAAAUAGACCUUUUGUGUAAAUUUAUGUUUCAAAUGUAUAUAUUUCCUGAUUUCCAUGAUUGUAGUACAGUUUUUAUUGAAAAUGUUUCAUUUUUAAUCCUGACAGUAUUAAUCCACUCUGAAGCUAAUGUGAUGCCGAGGCCUGAGACUGUCUUUAUAGUGUCUUCCCUUGGUGGUGAAGGUUAGUCUUACUUAGACUAUUACACUGUGGUGGAAAAUUGAAGAAUAUAAUUUGAACUGCUUUGAAUGUGAAGAUUAUCCUCUGAAAAGAAAAUGCAUUCCAUGAUAAACCCACAUAGUUGUGAUUUGAGUAAAUAAAACUGCUCUCCUGUCUUAUA